GAGUACCUUACCACCCCAAGCCUCUUACAUCGAUUCCCCGCUGUCUUCACCCGGACCGUGAUCUUGGAUAUUGGUUGAGGGAAGUGUGUGUGUGGUACUUUUAUGGUUGGCCAAAUGCAGAUAUCUUGGCCAUCCACGAUUGUAGAGCUCAUCUUGGGCCUGCUAUGGCACCUCGUCCACCUGUUGGUCAGCCUCUUUGAUUUGUGGUCGCAUCUGAGUGAUAAUCUAGAAUGCUAUCUUAUUUCGUCUGAGCUGCUGCCUAAGUACCAAGAUCUUCAUUUUGAGAGACUUAAUUACGUGGGCGUUGUAGUAGAUAGCAGAGAAGCAAAUAAUGUUUUGAAGAUCAAGCAACUUUUAUGGUGGUUAUCGACUAUUGGCGUCAAGUAUGUAGUUCUCUAUGACAUUGAAGGAGUACUGAAGGAAUGGCUUAAACCUGGUAUCGAAACCCCAAGAGAUGAGAACUCAAGAACUAAUUUAGAUCUUAGUGCACAUGGGGGGAUGACUAUAGAGUGUCUUUCUGGUUCUGAUGGCAAGGAAGGCAUUGCUAAAGCAGCAAACUUACUGUGCUCAGACUUCUGCAAUCGCAACACUCAUGGGCAUAAUAAAGGUGACAAUGCAUUUACAGAAGCUGACAUGGUUUGUGCACUGAGAGCAGUAGGUAGUGGUGGGCCAGAACCUGAUCUUCUUCUUGUGUAUGGUCCUGUUAGAUGUCAUUUAGGAUUUCCUGCAUGGAGAUUACGUUUCACAGAGAUUAUGCAUAUGGGCUCGCUGAAAUCAAUGAAAUACGGUUCUAUUGUGAAAGCUUUGCAUCGAUUCUCACACAAAUAUCAAAAUUAUGGUAAAUGAGAGGAGACAAGAAAGCCACCCAUUUUGUUAUGUAAAAUGUGUACUUCUGGAGCGAGCUGAAGUUUAUUAACUACAAUAUAUAGUCUUGGCGGAUACACUGUGCUUCCUUUUUGUUUGGAUCAAAUGGGUUACCUGUAGAACAUACAGGUACAAACCUCAUCCAACAUAUUUAUCUUUUCAUCAGAAUGUAACAGACUGGCAGCACAAUGAUUGUUUUGUGGAGAAUUAAAGAUCCAAUUGUCUUUACCUUGUGAAAAUUCACUUUGGUCUCGUAUCACCGCACACAAUAUUAACCGCCAAAGUAUAUAUUUGUAUUAAUUUAUUGAAGAAAUUUGAUGAUUUAGUAAUCCGAAAGAUCCCCUUAUCCAGAUGGUGAUACAUGAUAGGCUCAUAUGGGCAACCAUGAUAUCUCAUAUCCCACUGAAUGCAUACUCUCUAGCCAGACACAAAAAUUGCAACUGUCUGUGCUGUCCACAAGCUGCUGAAAAAUCUUAGCCAAGGGAAUGCAGUUAAGCAGCCUCAGCUGCUGAGAGGCCAGGUGGCAGCCCCCUUAUCCCAGCGCACCCGCCACAUGGCGGGCUUC